ACAUAAUUUGGAAUGUUUUAAAUAAUUCUUCUUUAAUGCGGCAUAUGUAUUUUGGACCUGGUCAAGCAGUUACUCAUAAAUCAGAAUACUGGCAUGGUAACUUAUGGUCCGAAUCUCCUUUAUAUGGUCAAGAAUCAAUAACUAUUAAUAAUG